ACACACCCCCGCUUGGGCCUCCUCUCUCUCUCUCUCUCCGGCUCCAUUUUCUCCGCCGCCGGGGGCCGGGGUCUCCUGUGGGGGUGCCCAGGCGGCACCCUGGGUCUCCCGUUCAGUGCCGGGGUGAACCCCCGGAGGGAGCCAGGAGGCGGGUUGCCGGGCGGGGUUGGGGCGGAGGGAGCAGCGGCCCCGGCGAGUUUGGAGGGGGGAAGUCACCGGCGGGGGGAGGGGCGAAUAGGGAGGGGGCCUCAGGGCCCCCCCCAGCUAUGGACGAGCGGCUGCUGGGGCCGCCCCCUCCGGGCGGGGGCCGGGGAAGCCUGGGGCUGGUGGGUGGGGAGCCCGGGGGCCCUGGCGAGCCUCCCGGUGCCGGAGACCCCGGUGGGGGAAGUGGGGGGGUCCCGGGAGGCCGAGGGAAGCAAGACAUCGGGGACAUUCUGCAACAGAUAAUGACCAUCACCGACCAGAGCCUGGACGAGGCCCAGGCCAAGAAACAUGCUCUAAACUGUCACCGAAUGAAGCCUGCUCUGUUUAGUGUCCUGUGCGAAAUCAAGGAGAAAACCGGCCUUAGCAUUCGGAGCUCCCAAGAGGAGGAGCCGGUGGACCCGCAGCUGAUGCGCCUGGACAACAUGCUUCUGGCAGAAGGUGUGGCUGGACCAGAGAAAGGGGGGGGCUCCGCAGCGGCAGCUGCAGCCGCCGCAGCCUCGGGAGGUGGCGUGUCCCCCGACAAUUCCAUCGAACACUCAGACUAUCGAAGCAAGCUUGCCCAGAUCCGCCACAUCUACCACUCGGAGUUGGAGAAGUACGAGCAGGCCUGCAAUGAGUUCACAACCCACGUCAUGAACCUGCUGCGGGAGCAGAGCCGCACUCGUCCUGUGGCCCCCAAGGAGAUGGAGCGGAUGGUGAGCAUCAUCCAUCGCAAGUUCAGCGCCAUCCAGAUGCAGCUGAAGCAGAGCACCUGCGAGGCGGUCAUGAUCCUGCGCUCUCGCUUCCUGGAUGCCAGACGCAAACGCCGGAACUUCAGCAAACAGGCCACCGAGGUCCUGAAUGAAUAUUUCUACUCCCACCUCAGUAACCCUUACCCUAGUGAGGAGGCCAAAGAGGAGCUUGCCAAGAAGUGCGGCAUCACUGUCUCUCAGGUUUCCAACUGGUUUGGUAACAAGCGAAUUCGCUACAAGAAAAAUAUUGGGAAGUUCCAAGAGGAGGCCAAUAUCUAUGCUGUGAAGACAGCCGUGUCCGUCGCCCAGGGGGGCCACAGCCGCACCAGCUCCCCAACGCCUCCUUCCUCUGCAGGCUCUGGCGGCUCUUUCAACCUCUCAGGAUCCGGAGACAUGUUUCUGGGGGUGCCCGGGCUCAACGGGGAUUCCUACCCCGCCUCUCAGGUGGAAUCCCUCCGACACUCAAUGGGGCCAGGGAGCUAUGGGGAUAACCUCGGGGGAGGCCAGAUAUACAGCCCUCGAGAAAUGCGGGCCAAUGGUGGCUGGCAGGAGGCUGUGACCCCAUCCUCAGUGACAUCCCCAACAGAGGGCCCGGGAAGUGUUCACUCUGACACCUCCAACUGACCUUGCCCCUCAAGGUCACAGGGCUGGGGGCUCCCACCAGGCAACCCUUGAAGAGGACUUGGGCAUCUAAAGGACAAACCCCAACAGAAGCACAACACAGAAGAGCAAAUGGGGUCGUGCUCUCCCCAACUGGACACUCAGUGCUGGGGUGCUGACUACAUGGCAGGGAAAGUGGGGUGUCCCCCCUUUUUUCCGUCUUUUUCCCUCUCACAGAAAACAGAUGUGUUUCUCAGAUCUCUCCAGUCUGCACCAACUAUUCCGCUUGUCUCUGGGUUCCCUGCUUUCUUUUCCCCACCCCACUCAAACACUCUGGAAUCUGGAGACGUCAGCCCUGCCCGACCCAGAGAUGCCAAAAAUGGGGACUCCUGGACAGAGGCCCUGGGCCAACACCUCCCCGCGCACCCCCACCUUCCGCCCCUCCAGACGGCUUUAUUACCUCAUUCGCAGCUCAUCUUAAACCAAUAGACUCGCUCGGUGGACAGGAGUGUCUGACUCAGUUAUCUACCUCGGAGGGAGCUUCUGCUACUUUAGAGAAUCAUUGGCUGGGCUUUGGAGUUGGUUUUGUUUUUUAGAAAACCUGGGAUCUGUCUGUAAUUUUUUUGUUUUUGUUGGUAGUGGUGAUCCUUAGUUUUUAAUAGUUGGAAUAGGGAUUUUGGUGUGUGUGUGUGCGCGCGUGUUUUUUUUUUUUAAAUAAACAUACUGAUUUAUUUUUGUUUACCCACGUGAGAAGUAAGAGCCAAAGGGGCCUAGAAAGAGAACAAACAAUUGGUGGUGGCCACUUGCUCCAGGCCUCCCAUGGGGGAAGUGGAUCUUGCAGGACACCAUGUCCUCACCCUGGUCACUUAGGUGUUCCUAGCUUGUGCCGGCAAAUCUCUGCUGUAUUUGACAUGGAGCACGAUGCCCCUCUAGCCUCCUGUCUUCCCUCUCCCAAUAACCUGUGGGCAAGGCUGGACUGAACUCAGUAAUUUUGAAAAAGUCAAAAGGCUUUAAAAAAUUUUUUUUUUGUUAAACCCUUUGCAGAGUGGAGAAUGAAUGGAGGGUGUUCUUGCCAAACUCACUGAACACGGGCCGGGCGCUUACAUGUGUCUCUCUCCUCCAGUUUCCCAGAAAUAAGUGUUUCUGCUCAUUUUUUUAAUGUUAUGCCAAAAUCAGGGGGGUGGGGAGAAGAGGGAGGCCGCAGAACGCCAGGUAUGAGUGACGGCAUAAACAAGGUCUCAUCUCAGCCCUGAACCCCUCUGACCCCCUCAGACAUCCUCAGGAUCUUCAGGACUGUCACAGUGGCGAAUCCCUCCCACCAAAGGCCCAGGCAGGAGGGUGUUGGGAGGCAGGGCCGGGAUGGUUCUCUUCUCGCCUGUAAACUUGUAGACUCACAGAGAAAAAAAUGCAGUUUUAAAUAAAGAGAUUUCUUUUUUCCCUGG